AUGCUGGACGAUGGCGAUCAGACCGAAAUCGGUGAGAAGGGAAUCAAUCUGUCCGGUGGCCAGAAACAACGAAUCAGUCUUGCACGCGCACUGUACCAGGAAGCAGACAUUUACAUCUUUGACGAUCCACUGUCAGCUGUCGAUGCACACGUGGGUCGACAUAUCUUCGACAAGGCUCUGGGCCCUAACUCGCUGCUCAAGUAUGUGCCCGAAUAUGUAGUUUGUGACAACACAUCUCACCUAGACGAACACGCGUACCUUUCCAGGGAUACCACCCGUUUCCUGGUGACACAUAAAAUCGAGAUCCUACCAGAAAGCUCCAGAAUCAUCGUGCUCAAACACGGUCAGAUCGACGAGAUUGGGCACUACAACGCUUUGUUGAACGCCGGAGGGGAGUUCGGGCUAUUCCUGGAGGAGUUCCGAAACAAGCAGAACGAACAAGUGGACGAUGUGUACAGCGACGGCGAAUUGGAUGGUACGUUUAACUGGCUGCAGAAGCAGUCAAGUGCAAAUGGUGUAUGGGUUGGACGGUACAUUUAA